AGCUGCCCGAGCUGCCCGAGCCAGGAAAGUGAUGACGAGCAUGUCGCGUCGCGGCGCGAGCGUAGGCGUAGGGUUGUAGAGUACCGGAAUCAAAAUCAACUCUGGCGCCUGGCGUUUUCGUCUCAAGACUCAAGGGAAUCGACGACAGGAAUCGCGGAGGGGUCGUUCCGCGAGGGGAGGUUUUCGCGGCAAUCUCCCCUUCCUCCGCCUACCUCGGCUACCUCUUUCUUUCCCCCCCGUUUGUUUACGCACGCGAUCGCGUCGUGUGAGCGGUGUGAGUGUGAGUCGUGUCGCGUGCGUGCGGAUUGCGCCCUGUCCCCCUGUCGUGUCCCGUACUGCGCGGUGUAAUAUCGUGCCGUAUCGCGUUGUAACGUAUCGCGGAAACGGCAUGCCCAGCAAGAAGAAAAAAUACAACGCUCGUUUCCCAGCGGGUCGUAUCAAGAAGAUCAUGCAGACGGACGAGGAGGUCGGGAAGGUUGCCCAGGCGGUGCCGAUCAUAAUCUCUAGGACUCUAGAACUGUUUGUACACUCCCUGUUAACCAAGACCAUGCAGAUCACGAGUGCCAAAAACGCCAAGACUCUGAGUCCGUCUCACAUGAAACAGUGUAUCCUGUCGGAGAGCCGAUUCGACUUUCUAAAGGAUCUAGUAAAAUCCUUGCCCGACGUGUCGGGACCUGACGACGAGGUACCUAUGUCACCCGAGACUUCUGCUCCAUUGCAAAUCAAUGCGCCAAAUGCAGCCACCGCGUGUUCAACGACGAUGCAGCAUCUCGACCCAUUAGAGUAUCAAAAGCAUCUGGGGCUGCCAGUUAGCAUCGAAAUGAAUGUAAACCACAGGGGCGCGAAAGACAACGGAUCGAGCAAUUUGAAUCCCGCUAACCAAAGGGCCGCGACGAUGGUGGGCGGGUAUUCGCAGGUUCCGGAAUUCCACACGUCUAUACCUACGGCCUUCCAAAUUAGUCGACCAAAUUUUUAUACGGAACUUAACCCGAGUGCGGGCGAUCAGCCGACAUCGAAUUUCGCUCGCACUGCCAACAUCGACGAGGAUUACGACACAUAGUAAUCUCCUUGCGAAAUUUAGGAAGUUAAAAACUUGUCUUAUCGAACGUGUGACGCACGGAUUAGCUGAAGUACAGUAGAGAGAACGCGCGCGUGCACACAGAAGCAUCUUACAAUUGCUCACGUCACUUGUAAAGUAAUGUUUAAUACUUCAAAAUUGAGACGAUUCCUUAUUUGCUCGCAUCUCUUUUUAUACAGGAUGUUCCAGAGCUACGUUAAAUAACUAGGAUUAUUUAUUUAUAAUCUUAUUUUUUUCAUCUACUUUAAGCAGAUUUAUUUAAAUUAAAGGCAAACACUGUCGCAAAUAAAUGUCUUUCAUCUAAUCAUUGCUCACAGAUAUACGUUGACAUCUUCCGCGCAAUUGCGUUAUAAAAUUACGUAAAAUAGAGAUUAUCGCGUCAGACCCGUCAAAUUUAGUUUUCCUAUUAAAGUAACAUUCGUUUAUAGAUUGUAUGUGUGUGUAUAUGUAUAAUAAUACGUUCUAUACAUAUAUAUUUUUACAAUUAUAUUAUUUCAUGUUGAUUUGUACUUUGAGAUAUCUGUAUUUGCUCUCUUUACUUUUUUUUCCAAGAUAAUUAAGAUAAUGAAUGAAAGAGAAAAAAAGAGAGUUGAAACGCGUAUCUUUCGAUGGAUUUGUCAAAUCGUUAAAAUUAUUAGAGGAACAUUAUUAUUGUGGCAAACAGUCAAGUCACAAGAAGUGUCAUGAGCUAAAUACAAAUUUCGCUUUCUGCUGAAGCUGAUUGUUUUAUCAACUUGAAGCGAGUGCGAGAUUUGAAUUGAAUUUAGUUCACGUUGUUUCUCUCGUAAUUUCUUAGCGAGUCGUGUUCUAAGAAUACGGACGAUUUUUGGGGGAUGUUGAAGACCUUCUAAAGAGGAUCCCUAAAAGGACCCUUUAGAAAGGAUCUUGUGAAGAGUUUCUAAUAUCCUUCAAGAAUCAAGUUCUUAGAAAAGCAUGUCUCGCUAAUGAUUCUUAAAAGAAUGCUUUAAAAAAUCUCUAGAAGAAUCUAUUGGGAGAUGUAUAUUCCAACUAUGGCUCGAUUUUUUUAUCCGAUCAUUUUGGAAGCACAGACAGAUUCGUAUAAAUACAGACAUCGUGUGCAAUCUAAAAUGAAAUAACGUUAUUGUAAUACCUGCAUAAGAAUUUUAUUCAAAUGAUACGUCAGAACUCCGUGUCCGAAACUGGACGAUUUAAACAUUAUAAUGUAUGUUUACGCAAACAUAUUGUAUAAUCGUUGUAGCUAUUACGAAAUCGUCUCUGAUGAAUUGUUGCUGUUUAUGUGAACACAAUCGUGUCGUUAAUCAUAAAGCAUGUUUAGAUGGAGAAACGUAACAAGAAAAAGAUUACAACGAUUAAUCCUACAAAUCGCGUAUCUCAAUUGAUGCACCGUAUAAUUUCGACGGUGAUAUGUGUUUUAUUUAUACAUUCUCCCAAUGUAGCGUUUUUCCUAUCUUAUUUUUUUACAAUUUUAUAACUUCAGCCUACGACUUGUUUCGAAAAGAGAAGAGCUGUGGAAGUUUAAUAAGAUUAUCACAGAAUCGUCCUUGACGAUGAUCGAAACGAUAUUUCCUAAUGGGAAGUAAAAAAAAAACGACGAAGGGCUAGUACGCGUUAGAUAUGUAUCUAACACGACUUCAAUUACAAAAUCGACGAUUAUGUCAAACGCAAAGAUCAAGGCUGCAUUUCGAUAUUGACCGUCAGCAACUGUCAGUACUGAAAAUCUAUUAUAGUAUACGUGACGUAAAAUAUAGAAAAAUAUUUUCAGUACUGACAGUGAAUAUUGGAAUGCAGUCCAAGUAAUUAUGUAAGACCGAUCGAUUACCCAGUUUAUAAUAUUUAAUAUUCGAUUACAUUAUUCUCUUCGAGUGUCUCUUCUUUCUUUUUCCAGUCCAUCAAUUGCAUAUACAAUAAAAUGGAAUAAAGAGUUUGCGCUACUUCAA